GCGGCGUCGCAGUCUACCAGGCCGUGGUGUGUGAGUCAUCCCAAGUGUCAUUUCAGUUAUCAAAAAAUUGGAUAAAAAACCAAUUUUAACAAGUUUUUCGUGUAUUAAUCACCACCAGACGACGCAAAAAUGGCCUUGAAAGCCCAAGUCGGGUUAAAGAUAAUGAACGAAGUGGUGAAACUAAAAGAAAAAAAGAAGAACGGUCCAGGUCAGACGCACACUAUCGAAUGGAGGGUGCUCGUGGUGGACCAAUUGGCCAUGAGGAUGGUGUCCGCCUGUUGCAAAAUGCAUGAUAUUUCAGCCGAAGGAAUAACACUCGUCGAAGAUAUUCACAAGAAACGCGAGCCUUUGACGUCAAUGGAGGCUGUGUAUUUGAUAACACCGUCGGAGAAGUCGGUUCAUUCCCUCAUGGCCGACUUUGAGGGUCCUCGUCCGAUGUACAGGGGGGCUCAUGUGUUCUUUACCGAAGCGUGUCCUGAUACGUUAUUUAGCGAAUUGGCGCGGCACAGGGUUGCCAAAUUUAUCAAAACAUUAAAAGAAAUAAACGUGGCAUUUAUUCCGUGUGAACAACAGGUUUUUUCACUCGAUUCGCCUGAUACUUUUCAAUGUUUCUACGAUCCGAGUUUUGCGGCCGCUCGAAAUGCCAAUAUGGAACGAAUGGCCGAACAGAUAGCCACGUUGUGCGCCACUCUAGGCGAAUAUCCAUCAGUCAGAUAUCGCAGUGAUUGGGAGCGCAACGUGGAGCUUGCGCAACUCAUCCAGCAGAAGCUCGACGCUUACAAGGCCGAUGAGCCCACAAUGGGGGAAGGCCCCGAAAAGGCUCGUUCACAACUUUUGAUUCUCGAUCGUGGUUUUGAUUGUUUUUCGCCACUUUUGCACGAAUUGACAUUUCAAGCGAUGGCUUACGAUCUUCUUCCGAUCGAAAACGACGUUUACAAAUAUGAGGCGUCACAAGGUGUGGUUAAAGAAGUCCUAUUGGACGAAAACGACGAAUUGUGGGUGGAGUUACGCCACCAACAUAUCGCCGUCGUAUCACAAAGUGUCACCAAAAACCUGAAGAAGUUCACCGAUUCGAAACGUAUGACACAGAGUGAUAAACAAUCGAUGAAGGAUCUGUCACAAAUGAUUAAAAAAAUGCCACAAUAUCAGAAAGAAUUGUCAAAAUAUGCAACACAUUUACAUUUGGCUGAAGAUUGUAUGAAGGCAUAUCAAGGCUAUGUUGAUAAAUUGUGUAAAGUUGAACAGGAUUUGGCGAUGGGAACUGAUGCUGAAGGUGAAAAAAUCAAAGAUCACAUGAGAAAUAUCGUUCCGAUUUUAUUAGAUCCAAAAAUAACAAAUGAGUACGAUAAAAUGCGUAUUAUUGCAUUGUAUGCAAUGGCGAAAAAUGGUAUCACCGAUGAAAACUUAUCCAAGUUGGCCACGCAUGCCCAAAUUAAAGAUAAACAAACAAUCUCUAAUUUACAACUACUGGGAGUGAAUGUUAUCAGUGACGGCAACCGCAAGAAGCCGUACACCGUCCCGCGCAAAGAGCGCAUCACCGAACAGACUUACCAAAUGUCAAGAUGGACGCCCAUCAUCAAGGACAUAAUGGAGGACUGCAUCGAGGACAAACUCGACCACAAACAUUUCCCCUUUUUGGCCGGUCGAGCUCAAGCCAGUGCUUAUCACGCCCCGACAAGUGCUCGCUACGGUCACUGGCACAAAGACAAGACCCAACAAACUGUGAAAAACGUUCCACGCCUACUAGUUUUCAUCGUUGGCGGGAUGUGUUUUUCCGAAAUGAGGUGUGCAUAUGAGGUUACAAAUGCAGUGAAGAAUUGGGAGGUUAUACUCGGGUCGUCGCAUAUUCUCACACCUGAAGGUUUUCUCAGCGAUUUGGCAACGUUGACCGGCUAGAAUUCAAAGAGGGUCACUUUUAACAUACCCGAUAUAUGAUAUAUCGCUUCUGUCAUGUGGUGUAUUGAGUGUUUUUUUUUCCAUUGUUUAGAUAUAGGAAUUUUUGUGCUUGUUAAGUUUGAAUGUGUUAUUGCACUAAAAAAGAGAUUUUAACAUGUUUGUCAUUCUAUGCAUGAUCUCGUCGAACAAAUGGAACGAUUGAUGUUUUUAGGUUAGAAAAUUUUAGGGAGUUUAUUCCACUUGAAACAAAGACUUGAAACAAAAACCAAAACGGCUUAAAUCUCAGUUUUCUUGCUUCCAGAAAGUUGAUAGAUAUAUACAUAAGCAAUAUGUUGUUUUCAAAUAGGUUAGAAUAUUGUUAAAAAUUAUAUAUUAAAAUAGUGACAAUAUUAUUCCGUUUUUCUUGUCUCAUAAGUUAUACGAACCGAUUUAUUGUAAUUAUACUUACACUAAAAAGUCUAAUGUCAAUUUAAAUAAAUAUUAGCAAUUUGA